AUGCAGAGUUUCUUGAAGAUGCUGAGGAGGAGUGGGGGCACCAGCCCACCCCCGGAGGAGCUGGUGACCCUUGCUGGCAGGUUGUGCCGGGACCUUCAGGACGACCUUGCCCAGGUGCAGCCCUUGGUCACAGCUGUGUUGGACAGCGAGCUCCGCCUGUACCUCCUUGACAACGAGGAUGUGGCCCUAGUGUGCGCCCGAGUGCUGGUCCAGCAGGAGCAGCACCAGGCUGCCUGCCGGCUGUUGGAGGGGUGCCACGUGCCAGGAGGCAGCCAGGAGCUGGUGAAGCUUUGGAAUGACAUUCACUACCAUCUGGUCAUGAAGAGGCUGGGCGUGGCCACACUGACUCCUGUGCAGAAGUUCCGCUGCAGGAAAAGGAACCCACCGCCCCCCUCCCUCUGCCCUGAGGGCUUGAAGAGCAGGAACUUCCCUAGAGAGAUUCGCCAGAAGUUGCAUGACUUCGCCUCUGGAGUGGGCAGCAACCCCAGCAAGGCUGAGCGGGACACCCUGGCCGCGGAGACCAGCCUGACUGUAGAGCAGGUCUACAACUGGUUCGCCAAUUACCGACGGCGCCAGAGAGCCGGUCUACCGCGCACUGCCCGCCUGCAGCGCACUGCCGGUCUGCAGCGCACGGAGCCCGCGGGGGACACGGCCGAGGACCCAGUGCAGCCCUCACGCCAGCCCCGCCCCUGCUUCCGUUGUGUGUACCGGCCUCGAUGGUCAUGUGAGUAGCCCGAGGGCCCUGAUGCCACCCACGGUCAGUGGGAGCCUCUGGCCCUGGCCUCCGACUUUUCUGGAGAUGAGACAAUGCCACAACCACUGAUUCCCAGGUCUCUGCAGGGUGCUGAGAUGUACCAGGAGGGGCCCGGCCACGAUCCUGCCACUCUGAUCCCCGUCUGCCCUGACCCUGGCCUCGGCGCGCUGGCUGCCUGCAGUGACGUGCUGGAGCCCUCUUCAGCUGCCCCCCGGUCAUGGCUGAUGUCCCUUGCACUGGCGUCCUCCAGGGACGCGUCCUUUCAGACUGGACAGCUGGUCUACAGUCCCAGACUGGACUUCGCGACGCACCCCACGGAUGCUCCCAUGGCGUCCAUCGCUUCUGUGUCCAUCGCCACUCUUGCUGGGCCCAGUCCCACAGGGUUCGCUGACACACCCAGCAGAGACCCCCAGAGGACGUACCUGGAGGAAGGUCCGGGCAGCAGCACUGGCCCGGCAGACGGACAGGCGGGCGGCUUCCUGGUGACUCGGCAGCCCCUGCAGGCUCCGGAAUUCAUCCUUCCCCAGAGCCUCCCGGAGCUGGCACCCGCCUCGCCCGCCUUCCCUGGCCCUGUGCCCGCUGUGGAGCUGAGCGAGCCCCCGCCCCCCAGCCAGGUGCAGUGGCCCGACAGCCCGGCCUCCAGCGAUGCCUUCUGGGGGGCCAGGAUGCUCCUUGAGCUGUCGGGAGGCAGCCUGGGCUGA